AUGGCCGCAGCCACCGCUUCGCCGCCCCCAACUGCAACUUCUCCCAGCUCGCCAAGUCAACGAGACUCAGUUUCCAUACCCCAGGCUCUAUCGCCACCGAGGAAGCCGGUUGCAGGGACCGUGCGGAAGCCCGUACCGCCAGCGGCUCCUGCGGUCGUUUCUGCAGAGGUAGCAUCGCCGCAGGAAGCUCCGGCGUCUCCUGGCCAGACACACUCGGCUCAUGAUAGCUGGACUCAGCCACUUGACCUGAGCUUCAACUUGAAUCUCAAUGAUGCGCCUCAGCGACCAGAGGUCGUGACUCCCCCAAAAGAGCAAGAACCGUUUACGGGGCUGCUGAGCAGCCCCGUCUCAGGUGCUCUCGACUUACAGCUUCCGUUCCUUGAAACCUCGAAGCAACAGUCGUCCCAGGAUGACGCCUCUAACCCGGCUGCUGCUGAGAGCAGCCUACCCAUACCUGACCGCACCCCUCCGCCUGUCCCACCUGCCGCCACGGCUGAUGGAACGGAUUCGACUGCUACGAGCCCUCGGGAUCCUGUGCGAAAGGAGGACGUGGACAGAAACAGCCGCGAGUCUGAUGAGACAACCAACCCCUCCCAGGAACCCGUUUCUUUCAAAUCUUCGGCAACAACGAGCGCAAGCUCAUUAUCGGGUAUAAACGAGGGACCGGAAUACCUCCCAGACGAAGACUCUCCCGGCAGCUCCAUCAUCGAGGGUAACUUGCCUCGAGGCACGUCGAUGCAGCAGCUUCAGUACCGCAAACAGGAAUAUCCACCCCGCGUAUCAAGUGUUCCGAACGAUGGCAUUCGCACUCCCUCUAACCCGGAAUUGGUGGACAGCGCAGGCAAUAUCAAGCGCCACCUGACUCCCACGUCCAACAACAUGAGCAGAAGCUCCCUGCCGCGUCCCCAAUCUGCCUACUCUGUGCUCUCGGAGGGGCAGCGAGGGCGGUCGCCUGCUUUGAUGCCUGGUGGCUCGCAUAUGCGCGCUCCGUCAGUCCAGUCGCGAAAGUCGCCCGACGUCCGCAAUUCAUCAUACGCUGAGCUUCUCAAUGUUCCUUAUCCCCAGCAGGCUCCCCCGCCCAUCACCAUGGACAACUCGGGGCUUCGCACUGUCGUGGGCAACAAUGCUUCGCUGCUCAGUGUACAGAAGACCCUCGAGAUGUACCGCCAGAAUGUCAAGAAAACCAACGAUUUUACGGUUCAGUACUCUUUCGCCGUCUUCUUGAUUUCCGUGGCCCAAGAGCAGGGGCUGGACUUUUCUGAUCCCAAGGGCCGCAAGAACAGCCCGCAGCCGUUCCGCGACCUGGACAGCCCCAUUGUUGAGGCCACCGUGGCCAGCCCUACUGAACUGGUCCGGGAGGCCAAGCAGAUUUUGCAGCGCCUGGCCAGCGGAGGUUAUCCGUUUGCGCAGUACUAUUUGGCCGAUGGCUUUGCCUCUGGGCUCUUUAACAAAGGCAAAGAAGACUACAACCAAGCGUUCCCUCUCUUUGUCCUUGCUGCCAAGCACGGCCAUGCCGAGUCCGCGUAUCGAACUGCUCUUUCUUAUGAGUUUGGCUGGGGCUGCCGAAAGGACCCUGCCAAGGCGGUUCAGUUUCUACGCACGGCUGCUUCUAAGAGGCACCCGGGAGCCAUGACCCGCCUUGGCAAGGCAUGUCUUUCAGGAGAUUUGGGUGAGAAGAGGUAUCGUGAGGGUAUCAAGUGGCUGAAGCUGGCCGCAGAGUCUGCUGAUGCGCAGUACAACGCCGCCCCUUACCAGCUGGGGUGCUUGUACGAGACGGGCUAUGGCGACGAUAUCUUUCUUGACCUUAACUAUGCGGCCGAACUGUACACUCAGGCUGCAGAGCUGGGCCACCCAGAGGCCAACUUCCGCAUGGGUGACGCUUAUGAGCAUGGCCAUCUCAACUGCCCGCGAGACCCGGCGCUUAGCGUUCACUUUUAUACUGGUGCUGCUGAACGUGGACACGCUCCCGCCAUGAUGGGCUUGUGUGCCUGGUACAUGGUUGGUGCUCCGCCAAUGCUAGAAAAGGACGAGGAAGAGGCUUAUGAGUGGGCUCGCCGGUCUGCCGAUAUGGGUUACGUCAAGGCUCAGUACGCCAUUGGAUACUUUACGGAGAUGGGCAUUGGCUGCAGACGAGACAUUCUUGAAGCUAAUGUGUGGUACGUCAAGGCUGCAGACGCAGGUGAUGAGAGGGCCAAGCAGCGGUUGUCCAUCAUCCAGGCAGCUGUGAGCGGCCAGGGAACUCCCAUGGAAGUUGGCGCCCCGAGAAAUGGCAAAUUAGCAAAAGGAGGCAAAGACGACAAGGACUGUGUUGUCAUGUGA